AUGGUGGUGAAGAGAAGCUUCGAAGAACUUCCUCCAGAGAUACAAACGGAGAUACUGUUACGGUUGCCUCUGAAGACCUUGGUGAAAUGCAUCUGCGCCUCAAAGACUUGGGCGUCUCGUAUCCGCACAAAAGAAUUCAAAAAUGAUUACUUGAGCCGUUCGGUACAAAGGCCUCGAAUGAUGUUCCUGGUCUAUCAACCAAGAUACAGGAGAAGCAGUGAGGUGUUGUUUCAGUCUGUUUAUGAAGAAGAAGAACCAUUGUUGUCGUCUGGUCAAGAACAUGUGCUUCUUUCUCAAGACCGAGGAUAUGUGGCUUCUCCACUCGUCCGAGGUUUGAUCUGUCUUCGUGAAAAGAAAAAUGUUAUCAUUUUCAAUCCUGGUACGAACAAGUGUCAUCAUUUACCGGAGAUCCCAGUGCCUAUAGAAAGAGGCAUAAUGCUUUUUUUAGGGUACGAUGAACUUACGGAUGUAUAUAAGGUUUUAUGCAUAGCAGUUUGGGAAACUAGGAAGCGGUCGAAAAGAGUUAAGGAACAAGGUAUUUUCACGAUGGGAUUGGAUGAAGUAGCUUGGAGACGGAUCACAUGUGAGCAUGAUCAGUAUGAUCCAGUUCCUAACCGAGAAGGACUAUGUACUGGAGGAGUUUUGUACUAUCGAGCUUGGUCCGAUAGUGGCAAAGGUAUGAUGAUGAGGUUCAACGUGAGGUCUGAAGAGUUUAGUGUCAUUGAGUUACCUGGACAUGGUUGGGAUCUGAUGAAUAACAACGAUAGGCGUGGUUGGGAAUUAGUGAAUUACAAUGGUGCAGUUGCCUUGGUGGAUGGCUCUGGUUUUUCACAUGGAGUUGUGAACGAGUCGAGUGGGAAUAAAGUCUUUCAUAUAUUUGUUAGAAAUGAAGUUAGAGGAAACUGGUCGAGAGAGCCCAUAGAGAUCCCUCGUUUUAGAGAAGCAGUUGCGAGUCCUAAGGUGUAUUUUUUCAGAGGUACCACCAAAACAAGAAAACUAGUUUUCUUAGUGAAAGACUUGUUACCAAAGAUUAAUGGGAAAAGAUCAGUCUGUGUUGUGUGUUACGAUCCAAUUCCGAAGACAAGAGAUCUCAGACGAUUUAAGAUUGAAGGUGGGGAAGAGAGUCAUUGUGUUCGAAUCUACUUGGAUCAUGUUGAUACUCCUAUCUUUAUCUGAAGAACAAGAGUUGGGUCGACGUUUCUUUAUUAUCAAGAAACUGGUUUGGGAUUGUGUAGUUAUCAUUUCUAUUGUCGU